GUUACCUUUUUAUUUUUGAAGGUCAGUUCCGAAGAAAGUGAGAAACCCUAGCCAGUCAAUUGGCCAUCACCACAAACAUAGCUUAGAAAACUUGCAAUUAAUUUGUUUCGCUCUCUGCUCUGCUGUGUUUCACUUGACUACUACUCCACGCAUUUCAUCCAAUUGGCAGACGGAGACAGAGUUUUUGGGGGUCUGGGUUAGGCUUUGAGUAGCAAAGGUCUUGAAAUGGAAGAAAUCACCCAAGGAGUCAACAACAUGAAUUUGGGCGCCGAUUCCCAAAAGAAGAACCGAAUUCAAGUCUCCAAUACCAAAAAACCCUUGUUUUUCUAUGUUAAUCUCGCCAAGAGAUAUAUGCAACAGCACAAUGAGGUGGAGCUGUCUGCCCUUGGCAUGGCUAUUGCAACGGUCAUCACAAUUGCAGAAAUUCUGAAAAACAAUGGUUUGGCAGUUGAGAAGAAGAUCAUGACCUCAACAGUUGACAUGAAGGAUGACUCUAGAGGGCGGCCUGUCCAAAAAGCAAAGAUUGAGAUAGUACUGGGGAAGACAGAAAAUUUUGAUGAACUAAUGGCAGCUUCUGCUGAAGAGAGAGAUGCUGUGGAUGGAGAAGAGCAGAGUUGAAACUUGAAAGAAGUUUGUUUGUUAGUUUCUGAUGGUCAGUUCUUAAUGCCAUGGUAUUGGUUAAGGCACUUAGGCUUUUUACACAAUUGUAGGUGUUUGUUUGCUUUUAUCUUGCUCUUGGUAGGAUGGUAAUUCAAAGAUAAAAAAAAAUCUGUUUUCUUUUCAAUAUUCAAUUUUAUCAACUGAUUUUUUUGGCUUCUAUUUUCUCAAAUGUGUCGAUGCGAUGUUGGUAUCAUUGUGAUCUAUGCCUUAGUAGAUGAAAGACAAUUAUGUGAUUUAACCUUUUUAAUGUUUACAUGUUGUAGUUAAUGACUUCACGUUGUUGCAAUUAAGAUGCGGCGUUCUGAAUGUUUCUUGUUAAACCUGUUAGGCGGAUGUUUUGGCAUAUUUUUGUUAUUUUUUUUUAUACAUCUGAUUAGCAGUAUUAAGUCAUGUACAAAUUGGUAGCUGAAACAAGGUUCAAUUUUUUUUUUUUUUUAAAUUCUUAGUUUACCUCUAGAGGAUAUUAUGCAU